CAUUACCGAACCAAACAUGAUCGUGAAGCAUUCCCUAGCCCACCAAGUACUCCCGCUCAUGCUUAAAAAUGUUUCAUUUGAUGCCAAACUCGCAGCUUCAACAAAUUUAGUUCACAGCCCAUUUACCAUACAAUCAGUUUCUGAUGUUUUAAAAUCCAUUCCAACUCUCUUCUUUCUGUCCCCUCGCUCCAUUGGCCGCCAGAAGGGUUUUCGGCACCGCGCUCCUUUGAAACAACGGAACCUUACAAAAGAAGCCUACAAUAUCCGCAACAAUGUACUUGUUCUUGGCCCUGCAGCCUAUAGAGACCCUCAAAAAGUCGCUCUAGGACUCAACAAAGCCCUGGAGUUUUAUUACUGGGUUGAAAAGUUUAUGGGGCUAUGCCAUAAUGAAAUGACAUGCAGAGAGAUGGCUAUUGUUUUAGCUAGAGGAAAUGACACAAAGGGUCUUUGGGAUUUUCUCAAAGAAAUGUCUAGAAGAGGAGUUGGUGAACUUGUGAGUACUUCUACUGUUACCUGUUUGAUAAAAGUCCUAGGUGAAGAAGGUUUGGUUAAUGAAGCAUUGACUACUUUUUAUCGGAUGAAGCAGUUUCAUUGUAAGCCUGAUGUUUAUGCGUAUAAUGUGGUUAUUAAUGCUCUCUGUCGAGUUGGGAAUUUUAACAAGGCAAGAUUUUUGUUGGAACAAAUGGAGUUACCGGGGUUUAGGUGUGCCCCGGAUGUAUAUACUUAUACUAUAUUGAUUAGUUCUUAUUGUAAGUAUGGUAUGCAAACUGGGUGUAGAAAGGCUACUAGGAGGAGGAUUUGGGAGGCUAAUCACUUGUUUCGGAUAAUGUUAUUUAAGGGUUUUGUUCCAGAUGUUGUAACAUAUAAUUGUUUGAUUGAUGGUUGUUGCAAGACUUAUCGAAUUGAGAGGGCUUUGGAACUUUUUGAUGAUAUGAAUAAAAGGGGUUGUGUCCCGAACCGUGUUACCUAUGAUUCUUUUAUCAGAUACUAUAGUGCUGUUAAUGAGAUUGAUAGGGCUGUCGAGAUGAUGAGAAGGAUGCAAAAGAUGAAUCAUGGGGUACCCUCUUCAAGUUCUUAUACUCCAAUUAUACAUGCUUUGUGUGAAGCUGGAAGGGUAUUGGAUGCCAGGGAUUUUCUGGCUGAAUUGGUUGAUGGGGGUUCAGUACCUAGAGAGUACACAUACAAGUUAGUUUGUGAUGCUCUAAAUGCGGCAGGGGAAGCCAAUUCACUUGAUGAUGAACUGCAUGAAAGAAUAAGGGAUGGUAUCAAGAACAGGUGUAGGCAACUGAUGAAGGUAAAACCAAUCAUGAGCUGCAAAAUGUCAUUAUAGUAUGGGUG